AUGCGUGAUGUUAUUUAUAUAACAUCAUUGGAACUUCAUAAAUCUCUUGAUAAUAUUGAAAAAAUUCGUCAUCGUUCAUAUCUUGUUGAUGCACUUAUUCAAGCAUAUGAACUUGAUAAACAUAAUCAUUUUCAUUCAAUACAACCACAAUUAGCAACUGAUAAUGAACUUGCAUCAGCACAUGAUCGAGAUUAUUUAGAUUUUUUAAAUUUCAUUUCAAAUAUAGAUCCUAAUCAUGAGCAAUUAUAUAAAGAACAAAUGGAUUUUUAUAAGAUAGGAUAUGAAUGUCCAUCAUUUGAACAAUUACCUUCAUUUUGUAAAUGGAUUGGAGGUGCAUCGAUAACAGCUGCUAGAUAUCUAACUCGUUCAAAUAAUAAUAUUGCUAUAAAUUUUUUUGGUGGUUGGCAUCAUGCAAAACGAUCUGAAGCAUCUGGAUUUUGUUAUAUAAAUGAUAUUGUUAUGGCUAUUAAUGAACUUCGUAAAACAUUUGAUCGAAUAUGUUAUAUUGAUUUAGAUUUACAUCAUGGAGAUGGUCUUCAAGAAGCAUUUUAUUGCUCGUCAAAAGUAUUGAUUGUUUCGUUACAUAAAUACGAAACGGGAUUUUUUCCAAUAAAUUCAGGAGGAUUAGAUGAAAUAGGUGAAACAUGGGGACGUGGUUUUAAUAUAAAUGUACCACUUCAUCAUGGUAUUGAUGAUGAUCAAUAUCUUUCAUUAUUCAUGCGUCUAUUACCAAAAAUAAAUUCUUCAUUUCAACCAGAAGUUUUUGUUGUGCAAUGUGGUGCUGAUACAUUAUUUGGUGAUCCAAUGAAAUCAUUUAAUUUAACAACAAAAUGUAUUAUUAAAUGUAUUGAACAAAUAAUUAAUUUAAAUAAACCAACACUUUUAUUAGGUGGUGGUGGUUAUAACAUAGCAGAUACAGCUCGAUUAUGGACAUCGAUUAUUGGUAUUUGUUUAAAUGAAACACUUGAUAAUGAUAUACCUGAACAUGAUUAUUUUUCAUAUUAUGGUCCUGAUUUUACACUUGAAACAUGGCCAGGAAAUCGAACAAAUAAAAAUAGUCAAAAAUAUAUAGAUAGUUUAUUAGAUUAUAUUGAACGCAAUCAAAUUGAUAUCAUGAAAAAUCAAAUUUGUCAAUGA